CUGGUUCACCUAAUAAUUGUAUGUAAUUAUUUUCACAGAUGGUUAAGAAAAGUACACAGCCGGAAAAUAAGGAGGUUUGUAGACAUCUAUGAAUGUAUUUUUGAAAAAUUGUUAAUUUUUCAGAUCGCUCAAUACAAGCAGAAUCUUUUUUGGAGAAGCUGAAAGAUUGGUGAAAGAGGAGUUUCCAAAAAGAGUCAUUGAAUUUGAUCAGAUUUUAAAGUCGCCAAGAUUGUCAUACGAUAGAUUGUCGGAAAUCUUGCCAAAUCCAGACACGAUUCUUCCGAUUCCAGCGGUUGAAGUGAGUUUUAUUUUUAAUUUUUCAUGACUGUUUCCAGUUAGUCAAGAUUACUAGUAUCCGUGUUUUUCAUUUGAAAACUCGUCGAAAUUAAUUUUCUCUCUAAAUUUUCAGAAUGGAAAUGACGAGCCAGCAUCGAAGAAAAGAAAGAUUCCAGAAACAAUUUCUGGUGCACCAGUUUAUGCAUUUUCAAGUGGUUCUGUCCCAUGCAAUGAUAAUUUGGCAAAAUUAAUGGAUGAAGUCAGACCAAAAUUGAGAGAAGCUGUUGAAAUGACCAACACGGUAUUCUAUUGAUGUUCACAAACUAAAUAUUUUCAACAAUUAAUUUCAGGUCAAAAUGUGGAUCACUUUAUUGAUUCCACGCAUCGAAGAUGGAAACAAUUUUGGUGUUGGAAUUCAAGAAGAAGUUUUGGGAGAAGUUCGAAAUGUUGAAAGUGAAGCUGCCUCAUUUCUGGAUCAAAUGAGUCGAUAUUUCACGAGUCGUGGAAAAUUGAUCACAAAAAUUGCCAAAUAUCCGCAUGUUGAUGAUUAUCGAAGAGCCAUUUUGGAUAUGGAUGAGAAACAAUUCAUUAAUAUUCGGUGAGGAUUUAAUUUAAUGAUCUACUAGUUCUGGCUCAAGAAAAGUGGAUAGAGUUUUUUCUGAGCUUGAAUCUUAAAUUUCGGGAUUCAUGAUUUCCAAAAUCCAGAAUUAGAAACAAAGAAAAAUAACUAACUUUCUUAUCUCAAAUUGUUGUUGUAAAAAAUUCUACAAUUCAUCAAAAAUAAUUUUCUGAAACAUUCAAAUUUUCUCAAUUCGAAUAUGAUUUUUUUCCAAAUAAUAUUGGAAAUGUUUUCCUGUUUUGAAUCAGAACCCAAAACCCCGAUCUCUAACUCCAAACAUCAAAUCUGAUAAUAAUUUCUCUAUUUUUUUCCAGCUUGGUUGUUCUCGAAAUGCGCAAUCAUUUCUCAACACUUCAUGAUAUGAUCAUGAAAAAUUACGAGAAAAUCAAAGUUCCACGAAAUUCCAAUGCCGAACAUCUUUACUAA